AUGCUCGUCAGACCAAACACUUCGACAAUUUUCAGUCAACUGGAUGAACUGAUUCGAUCUGGAAAUGGAGGCAAUACGAGUACAGCCUCCGUUUUGGCUAAACUUGGGACACCUUGCGCUUCAGUCGCCAUUAUGGAGGAUGGCGUCAUAUCAUCUCAUUGCUUUUCAACUGGACAAGAGAAUACGGAGACCGUUUUUCAGGCCUGUAGCAUAUCGAAGCCAACAUUUGCAGUUGCGUUGCUGAAGCUCGUUGACGAGGGCAAGCUUGAACUCGACAGCCGCAUUGGUGAUUUACUACCACAAGAUGUUUUGGAUAUCUUGACGAAAGACACCUCUGCUGCUCUGAGCUCUGCGGUCAAAAGUAUCACCAUUGCUCAACUUCUAAGCCAUACCUCUGGCCUCUCUCAAGGCGGUUUCCCUGGCUAUUCUGUCUUGGAUAACGCACGAAUUCCAACACUGCGCGAGGUAUUAACAGGAGCGAAUCCUGCCAAUACUCUGGACGUGCACUUGCAAGGGUUUCCUGGGCAGUCUUAUUCUUACUCAGGCGGUGGUUUUGCAGUCCUCCAAAUUAUCUUUGAGACCAUCACAAAUAAGGAUUUUGCCUCUGCAAUGCAGGAUAUUCUACUAGGACCUUUAAGAAUGACGAGAUCCUUCUACCAUCAGUUGCCGACUCAAGAAAAGAACGCAGCCAAAUGCCACUGGAAUGGCUACACUCCUUGUGAAGAUGCUCAGAGAGUCAAUCCUGAACAAGCUGCCGCCAGUUUAUGGACUACACCAAGUGACCUCUUGAAGCUCGUCAGGGCUGUGCAACAGUCUCUCCAACGCUCCGACAACACUGGCUUCCUUCGGCAAGAAACAGCCAAGACUAUGCUAACAGUUGUGGAACAAGAUGUUGCUCUUUCAUGGUUUAUACCUGGAGACUUGAAGAGUGUCUUUAGCCACGGCGGUAGUAAUUGGCCAGGCUUCAGAACUUAUGUUGCUGGAUAUGCAGAUCUUCCGGGGGCAGGCAAAGUAAAGAUACCAGAAAACUGUGGCAUCUCCAUCAUGACAAAUGCCUUUGAGGGAGACAUUGUGGUAUGGAAACUACUCCAAGCCAUUGCGUAUCUUAAAAAAUGGCCAGAGAUCCCUUUGCCACUAGGAUAUACAAGAGUCCUGCCAUUCAGAGCCCCCAAAGAGGAAAUUGGCACUCAGUGGAAGCGUUGGUUGGGUAAUUGGACAUGUGGUAAAAAGAGUUGGAGCAUUGAAGCCGAUGAAAAUGGGCACCCGGCUAUUCGAUAUGACCAAUUGCCCCCUUCUCCACUGGUACAAGCAGCAAUGUCGGAUACUAUCAGAGAUGGCAAAACCCAGGCUACCAAUAUGAUGGUAGAUGGACUGGAUGUUCUGAUAUACUUCUGUGAAGACGACACAAUCGAGAUAGUAAAAGGGAGAGGCCAGAAAACUACUAAGCUGGUGGGGGCAUGA